CUGGCAGGCCUUCUUAAAGAGGCAACCAGUAACUUUGAGAAGAUGAUGGACAAGGCGGUGAAAACACUAGUCGAUAGUGUCAAGAAAGUGGAGAGGGCCCUUGAGUUUGAGGGACUUCGCAUAAAUGACUUAGAAAAGAAAAAUGUAGAACUAGAGAGUCGCCUGGAGAAGAUGGAGAAAGCAUAUGAAACUUUAGUUCAAAAGGAUCGAUCUAGAGAUAGUGAAAAUAACAAGGCAGAUCGUCUUUCACGAAAACAUAACUUUCGAGUUGUGGGAGUUGAGGAAGCAAAAGAUGAAGAGGAUUGCCUGAAACUCGUCGAGGACAUGCUGAAAACAAAAUUCCAUAUGGCAGUCAAGGUGGAGAAAGCCAUCAGGACUGGCAAAAGGGGAGAUAAGCCACGCCACAUCAUUGUGAAAACACAUGCCUACGACGAUAAGGUUAACAUACUAAAGAAAUCAAGAGAAGCUCUUAAAACAGAGAAAUAUUACUUGACAAACGAUCUCACUAGGAUGGACUUAGAGGUGAAAAGAAAGCACCGAAAAGAGGUGGAGGAGUUGUAUCAGAAGGGGACAAAACUGCGUUUCUAUGCUGGGCAGUGGAGAAACGAGAAAGGAGUCCCUUACUUUACUUCUUAAGUCACCACAUGUAGUGCAGCUUUAAACCUUUAGUUAUGCCUGUUCUGAAUCACUUUGCCUUGGACAUGUUGGAGAGGAUGAUUCAUUUACCCAUGGGACUAAAACCACACAGCAGAUUUUGAGCCCAUUAUCAUCUUCUAAGAAAAACCAGCAAAAGAAAUGAACCAUUGUCCAGAUCAGAGAAACUCUCCAACUCCCCCCUCUCUCUCUCCCUCCCUCCCCCCCCUCUCUCUCUCUCUCCCUCUCUCACACACACACAUACAGCUUUAUUGAUACUUGUCACAGGAGAGGUUGCCUUGAUCUUCCUCUUUUUCAUUUAUUUUUUUCCUGUAGUAACUGAACUUUGUUGCAGGAGUGGGCAUGGCCUCGUGUCUAUGACUAUCGUUUGCCAUGUUCUUCACUCUAAACUUAGUUGUAUAUAUGUUAAUAAGUAGACAGUUUUUCUUGUUUUCCAUUUAUGUCUUUUGUUAUAUCAUGUCUGUACUUGAUUUCAUUAGCAUUGCUAAGCCUAUUCAGUGUGAGGUGUUUACUACUAUCUUCAUGUUUAAAUGAUGUUGGAUGAUUAUCAUUUACAGCAAGAUAUUGACUGUAGGUACUAUAUUCCGAAUGAGUUUAACUCACCUGCUGGGAAGCAACAAUCUCAUUACUUAAGCUUCUUGCACUGCAAUGCAAGAAGUCUGUCUAAAAGUUUUGAAAACCUAAAUAUGUUGCUAUCAUCUCUAAAAUUUAAUUGCUCUAUAAUAGGUGUUACCGAGAUGUGGUUGAGUGCUCAAUCACCACCAUUAUUUCUGAUUGAUGGUUACCAGAUAGUAAGGAAAGAUAGAUCAAUUGGCGGUGGUGGGGGUGUUCUCUUCUAUGUGUCUAACAAGAUCUCUUUUAAACUCAGGGAAGAUCUUUCCCUCCAAAAUCAAAGUGCUGAAAUUUUGUGUAUUGAAAUAGACUUACCCUCUGAUAAAAACAUGAUUGUAUGUAUAGUGUAUAGACCCCCUCAAGCUGACAUUGAUAAUUUUCUCACAGGUAUUGAGUUAUUAUUGACUGAUAUAAAUGCAUCUGAUAAAUCAGUUUGCAUGAUGGGUGACUUCAAUAUUGAUCUGUUGAUAGAAAAUGCAAACACUCUCCGUUUCCAAAAUAUUCUUGAUUCUAAUGCUCUAUGUGCAAUGAUUAAUAAGCCAACAAGAAUAACUGACAGGUCAUCAACACUUCUUGAUAACAUUUUUGUGAAAACUACCAAAGGUUAUUCCCAAUCAGGUUUAUUUUUUAGUGAGAUUUCUGAUCAUCUUCCAAUCUUCUGCAUGCUUUAUGAUAUUCAUUCCAACAAAUGCAAUAAGGCUAAAGUUAUACUAAAGCGCAAAAUUACUGAAAGCAAUAUUUCUAGCUUGAGGGAUGCUUGUCAGGAAGAGAGUUGGUCGGAUGUAUUGGAAUGUCAUGAUGUUGAACAGGCUUAUGAAUCAUUUAGUAAAAUUUUUCAUCACCAUUUGGAUGAGACUAUUCCACUUGUUAGAAUAAAUAAUAGAAGUACAGGUAAACGGCCAUGGAUUACAAAAGGUAUACUACAAUCAAUCAAAAGAAGAAAUGUCUUAUACAAAAGAGUGUAAAGAAACCUUCACAAGAGCACGUUGAAAAUUACAAAAAAUAUCGAAAUAAGCUGACUUCUAUUAUACGGUCAUCACGGAGUUUGCACUAUUCUAGACAGUUUGAGAAUGCUCGAGGUAACAUGCCAUUGACAUGGAAUGUUGUUAGAGAUAUAUUAUGUAAGAAAAAUAAGUCAGAACCUGCCCAAAAAUUUGUCCAUAAGGAUAAAGAGCUUACUUCUGAUAAUGACAUUGCAAAUGAAUUUAACAGCUACUUUGUGAACAUUGGGCCUGACCAAGCGAAGAAAAUAACUCCCGUAGAAGUUAAUUACAAAAAAUAUUUACAAGACAGGUCUGAAUCAUCUAUAUUCCUUAAGCCAGCUGAUCAUCUUGAGAUAUUAAACAUUGUUAAGUCUCUUAAAAAUAGUAGGUCAUCUGGGCAUGAUGAAAUAAGUUCAGCAUUGUUAAAACAAAUAAUUGGCUUAGUCCUUACUCCUUUACUACAUAUCUGUAAUCUGUCCAUUUCAACUGGUGUAUUCCCUUCCUCUCUUAAACUAGCCAAGGUUAUUCCUGUUCAUAAAAGGGAAAGCAUCACCGUUAUAAGUAAUUAUAGACCAAUCUCAAUUUUGCCUAGUUGCUCAAAAAUACUAGAAAGAAUUGUUUAUAACAGAUUGAUUGCCUUUCUUGACAAAAACCACCUUCUUAAUCCCAACCAAUUUGGAUUUCGCAGGUCUCACUCAACGGACCUUGCGUUGUUGAAAUUUUAUGAUUAUGUAUCUAGUUCUCUGGCUAAUCGUGAGCACGUUAUUGGUGUAUUUAUGGACCUGAGCAAGGCAUUUGACACCCUUGACGGACCACUCAAUACUGCUUUAUAAACUCCAACAUUAUGGAGUAAGGGGCGUUGCCCUAAAUUGGUUUACUAGUUAUCUUUCAAAUAGAAGACAAUACACAUGCUAUAACUAUUCUAAUUCUGGUAUAUCAGUUAUGAGGUGCGGUGUACCGCAAGGUUCUAUAUUGGGUCCAUUAUUAUUUUUGAUUUAUAUUAAUGAUAUUUGUUUGGUAUCAAACACAUUGAAUUAUAUAUUAUUUGCUGAUGACACAAGUGUUUUCCUAUCACACCGUGAUAUUGAUAUCUUAGAAAACACCAUUAAUGUUGAACUUCCGAAACUAUCUAAUUGGUUUAGAAGUAAUACGUUAUCACUGAAUGUUAAAAAGACUAAUUAUGUACACUUUAAAGGCAGGAAGUCCUGUCCUGACCAUGAUUUAAGAUUGAAACUUGACAAUGCUUUGCUUGAAAGACAGACAUCUACGAGGUUCCUUGGGGUCUAUAUCAAUGAUCAACCUAACUGGAAUGAUCACAUGAAACACAUCAGUAAACCAAUUUCUCGAAAUAUAGGUAUACUGUAUAAAGUUAAGUACCUUGUACCUUAUAAAAUACUUUACAUGUUGUACAAUACUCUUAUUCUACCUUAUGUGUCAUAUUGCAAUAUUUUAUGGGCAACAUCAACGAGUGUCACAAACCCAAUUCUUUUGUUGCAAAAGAAAGCAAUUCGCAUUUGUGCUGGAGUCGGUUACCGUGAUCAUACACGCCCUCUCUUUAUAAAGCUGCAAUGUCUUACUGUUGAUGAUGUCCAUUUUCUUCAAACUUCCCUUUUUAUGUAUCGGUUUAAUGUCAAAAUGUUACCUACCUGCUUUUCCAAUAUGUUUCAACUAAAUAGUGCUAUCCAUACCUACCACACAAGACAAGCAUCUAAUAUGCAUUUGUAUAGCCCUCGCACACUGUUGGCUCACAAAUCUAUCAGACAUUAUGGACCUGAUGUUUGGAAUUCGGUACCUACUAGUACUAGGAAUAUAUUAUCAGUGCAUUCCUUCAAAAGUGCGGUAAAACGCAUACUUGUCUCUAAGAUGUAAUUUUGUUGUACUGUACAUUUUAAACUUAAAUAUUGAUAUAAUUUCAAUUAUUAUUACGCCUCACACACUCCUUGUAAAUAUUUGUAAAUCGUUGUGGAACAUAAUAAUUUGUUCUUUGGUUUUGUUUGUUUGUUAGUUUUUUUUUCUCUUUUUUUCUUUCCCCUCUUUGUGUAAUCGUUAGUUUUGACUUUUCAGUAUUGUUUUUAUAUUCAUGUAUGUAUUUCAUAUAUCCAAAGGUCUGACAACAGCUCAAGCAUCUGCUUAUUUUGUCAUACCACAGGGCAUUUUCACCACAGAUGGAAAAAGAGGCAAAAAAAUCAAGUUGAUAUUCAUGUCAAAUGCUUUAUGUUUUUUAAUAAAACAAGACCUGAAGUUUCCGAGACAAAAAAAUUUCCGACUCUGGCAGCCAUAUUUUAUUUCAAAAUGGCUGCCAAAGUAUGGAUACAAAUUAGUGUUGAAAAUAGUAUAUUGAUACAUAUUUUGUUUUGACAGAUUUUUAAAGAAUAGGUUUGAUCAUGAUGUUUUCGCCUGUGAUUUAGCUUGCUAAUAUAACACUUUUUAAAAUCCCACAGAAAGGAACACCAUUAAUUCAUUCAUCUGAUAAAAAAACAUUGAUGAAGUAUGUGAUAUGGUAUGUAAUGUCAGUUACCGAAAACAUGAACUUUUUUUUCUAAUUUCCUGGAAAAGAGGAUAUAUUAAAUGAAACUUGGUAGAUUUUCUCUCUAGGUAACACCCCUCCCUUCUACACCAAAAUUAAAGAUUACCAAUUAACAAUGAAGCCAUAGGGUACCAUUAAAUAUAUGUAAUGUCAGUUACCAAGUGGAAAAUGUAAUGUCAGUUACCGAGAUGUAAUGUUAGUUACCAUGAUAAAACGUUGGUUAGUGGUUACCAAUAUUGAAAUGCAAAUAUGUGGUCAAUUUUAUGGUGAAGAAAUAUUGUAUACUUGUUAUUUAAGUCUUUCACUUUAAAAGUCACACCAGAAGGAGCUUGCUAUUGACUUUUAAAAGGUAUAGUUCACAAGGAAUACUAUAUGAAAUUAUGAAGGAAGUUGCAUUCCCAUCAGGCAAAAAAAAAUUACUAUGAAAUUGUUUUGUACAUGCACUUACCAAGUACCUAAUUGUAUCAGACAAUUUUUUUUUUUUUUUUUUUUUUUUUUUUGGGGGGGGGGGGGGGGGUAGGGGGUACUUUUCCCAACCUAUUGCCUAAAUCUGCAACAUUUUUUAAGCUUAACAUUGUGAUGAAGGGGAUUUCCAGGGUCCCUUUUUUUAGUUUCUAGGAUUCUUUUGAGCAUUGCCUCGCUAAAAGUAAAUUCCUGGUUUUUAUACCUGUUAGUAGUGUGGAUGUGUGAUACAAUUUUGUUUUUGGUUUACAAGUAUAGAUGAAAAGUGAAAUUUGACAGUUCUGAUCAAUGUUGCAUGGAUCUACUAAAACUGUUUUUUUUUCUUCUAAUUUACAAAUAGUUCAGUUUCAGUUUAGAAGCUGGAGUUUAUUUUUUGUGGACAGCUUAAAAAAGAAAUUAGCAAAGAAAAUGAUUAAACAAAUUAUGAAGAGAAUUGAAAUCCGACAGAUAUGAACAAGCAUCGCUUGCACUGACCAGAAUAGAAAUCAAUAAAACUACAUGGCUGAUUCAGGGGAGGGGUACAUGUAGCCUAGGGGAGGAGACCCUUAUUCAUUUUGCCUUUUUUGAGGGGAGGGGGAGGUUGAAGAAGGAAAAGGUUUAAAAAGUCAAUAUAAAACUGAUGAAUAUAUUAUGGGUGUAUAGUCAGAAAAAUCCAUGUGUACAGUCAAUGCAAUAUUAAAUUAUUAUAAAAUAAAGGAAAACAUGUAGCUGCUAUGACCCCCCCCCCCCGAGUAAGUAAAACAUACAUUUCUUAUCUUUUGAUAAUUAAAAAUGUGAAGUAUUAUGAAACUUUUAUGAUUUUAAAAAGCCUUACAUAUAAGUACCAAGAAAAUUAUGCCUUUGAAAAUCAUAUAGCACUGGUAAAUGUUAAUGUGUAUUGUCAGUUACCGACAAGUAAUGAUAAAAAUGUUCAAAUCAAAGAAAGGAAUUGAGAAAAAGAAAAAGUUUUUUCAUUGAAAUGUUCCUAGAAACUCUGGUAUACUUCCACAUCAAGCUCACUUUCAUGUGAAGCUCUGCACAGAAGAUACAAUGCAAUGAUUCCACACAUUUGACUUCCAUGUGUUAUCUCUAUGGCAAAUUAAGGGUAAUGUCAGUUACCGUAAUGUCAGUUACCAGCAUGGUUGUGGAAAAAUUAUCAUAGCCCCCAAAAAACAAAAUCGAAUUGUUUAAUAUUUUGACACAUCUUAACCUAGUAACAGAGGUAUAUUUACAUAUUCAAAUUAUUACUCUUGACUAUCUACUCAGGGACAUGAGAUAUUUCAAUUUUAAUGAACACCCUGAAAUUGCAUGUCCUUUUGCGUAAUGUCAGUUACCGACACAUUUUUGCUUGCUGAUGCGUAAAAAAAUGUGGUUACAUAGGAAAACUUAGUAUCAGGUUAUACAGCAAGGUUCACUUUAUUAACUCUAUCAAAAGCAAACUCCCAUCAUUUGUUGUUUUAGAGAUACACACAAUGAAAGGUGUGAAAACAUUGUGCCGUGUAAUGUCAGUUACCGUGAAAAUGCCCCACUGCAUGUCUGCAACCUUGUUAUAAUCAGUUAUGUUAAUGUUAUGUUAAUCAUCAUAAUUAUACAUUAGCAUUAUGUAAAAUUCAAUGUAAUCAAUUUUGUGAUGGUCACACUAUGUACAUUGUCAUGACAUGCAGAAAUAAAUAAAUAAAAUAAAAUAAUAAACAAACAGUCCUUUUCAGGACUAACCUACAUGUACAUGGUGUAACUGCAAAACUCUCUAUUCUGGAUUAGAAUAUGUAUGUAAUUUGUUAAUAACUCUUAAGUUCACACUAAACACUGGUAAUACAAAGUACAUUAUAUUUGGUUCCAAACAACAGCUCCAUAAUUUAAAAAAUGUUAAGAUUUCUAUUGGUAAAAUGAAAUUGAGAAAGUAGCAAAUUUUAAGUAUCUAGGUGUCAUACGAAAGGCACAUAGAUCACAUUGCUAAAUAGGUUUCAAGAAAAAUUGGAUUUCUACGUUGAUCUGGAAAUUUUUUUAGGAUGACAUUUUAAAACUAUACAUGUAGGCCUACUCUGUAAUGCUUUGAUCAUGGAAAAAUUUGAUUGUGACAUAGUUUGGUCAAAUUGUUCUCCUUGAUAGACUUACUCUUUGGACAAAAAAAAUAGCAAGGAUGAUCUUACGGACCAAUCUGCGAACUCACAUUUGUGAUUUAUUUUCUAUUCUAAAAUGAAAAGAUCUCUUUUCAAGACGGCACUUCCACCGAAUGUGUGAACUAUUUAAAUGUGUUAUUGUAUUUCUCCCCCAUAUUUAAGUAAUGAUUCAUUAAACUUAAUAUAAGAACUAGAUCCAAUGUCCACUGCCUCCCUUCAGGUAAACAGUAUUCCUCUUCACAAUAAUAGUGGCAAGAGGACUUUUCAAUACAUCGGAACCACGGAGACAAUGUCCAUCAACUCAUUCCGUGCUUCAUUUAACAAAUGAAAAAUUCAUAAGCCCUGCAAUGCAAGAGGUGCAACAUUGCAUAGUUGAUUUAUAUUCUUAUAUAGCAACAUUACUCAAAUUCUAGAAGUUAUAUUACUCAUUACACAACAUCUACUUGAAUCAUUUCUUAAUCAAUUGAUCAUUGAACAAUACUCUGUUACCAGUCAUCCUUCCUUUUCCAUUUUAACAUAUUUAGCGGUUUCCAAUUGCCAACUUUUCCUUUUGUCUAAUAACUUUACAGUAAUUCAAUUUUGAUCUUUUAAUUGUACAUGUAUUUUACUGUUUAUCAUAUCAAUCUGUUUUAUUAAUACUGUAGUACCUGUAUAUGCCAUUUUGACAAAUGUAUUCUUUGCAAAUAUUGUACAUUGACUUUUAUCUCAGGGCCCUCAAGGACAGCAGUUGGUGUAACUGAUGUUACCCUGAUUAUAAGACUAAAAAAAAAUUAUAAAUAAAAAAUGAAUAAAUAAAUAAAUACAUGUAUAUUCUUGAAGGUAACUGUGGUAGAUGUAGCUGUGUUAGAUAUGAUAUCAGUUGGCUUUCCAUACUCUCACAAUGAUAUGUGUAUUGCGUAUACAUGUGACAGUCACUCUGCGAAUAAACAUGAAGACAUGAACAUGUAUGAGAAUCGGCUCUGACUAUUUUGUGAACAACGAACCCAAAGAUAUCCAACAAUUGGCGACGAGAUGUGUGUUUUGUAGACGCAGGAUAGCAGAGCAACGAUGCAGGCCACUGCAGAGUCGGUUUCAGGGCAGGUUUUGCCUAACAAUUGCAUCAGGUAUGAUGAAUCGGAGGACUUAGAUUGUUAUCUAGAACGUUUCGAAUUGUAUCUGAUAGCGAGUGGCUUGACAGUACCUGAUGCACAGUCAAGAGUAGUGGCGCUGCUAUUGAACGCUAUCGGGGCUCGCUACUACGGGAUUGUUCGUGAUUUGGUAUCACCGGCAAAACCAAGUGACAAGUCAUAUGUGCAGUUGAAGCAAAUACUGCGAAAGCAUUUCAAACGUACACCAGUCACCGUAGCUGAAAGGCGCAAGUUUAUUAGACGUGAUCAGGCACCGGGUGAGAGCACGAGUGAUUACGUUGUACAGUUGAAACAUCUCAGCCUACAUUGUGAGUAUGCUGAUAAACUUGAUGAGCAGCUACGAGACCGCUUUAUCAGUGGUUUGAAUGAUGAGUCUACUUCACUGAAACUUAUGGAAAAGGCUACUGAGACCCCUAACAUGACGUUUCAGCAGGCUGUGGACUUCACCCUAUCGAAACAGACAGCUGCGGGGGAGGUCCGGGCGAUGCGUUCAGAUGGCUCUUCAGGUUGCACCAAGUCCAGUGUUCAUGCAGUUCGCGGUAGACAGCAGUCUGGUCAGAAAGGUAGCAGGCGAAAGCAAGAAUGUUAUCGUUGUGGUCGACACCAUACACCAGAGGAGUGUUGGUUCAAGUCCGAAACGUGUAGAUACUGUAAAAAGAAAGGACACAUCGAAAGGAAAGGUCGAGCCAAGGGCAAGAAUGUAAUGAAACAAACAGAACACUCAGACUGUAAAUCUAAGAUGAGUUACCAGAGUAAAAGUCAAACGAAGAAAAAUAAUUGUAGUGAUGUACAUAAGAUGCAUGAAAACAGGAAACCUAUGUCUAACAGUAAUGCUAGGAAGGAAGCUAGAGUUUUACAUGAUUCCAGUAGUAGUAGUGAGGAAUGCAGUGUGGAAUAUGAUCACACAUUGUUCAAGUUAGACGUUAUUAGUAAGUCAAAGGUUAGGCCAAGUACAGGUUCAGAGAGUGAUCCAAUUAUAGUUCCUGUUGUUAUUGAAGGUAAAGUCACACAUAUGGAACUUGAUACAGGGUCAAGUGUGAGCAUGAUACCAUUGUCAUACUAUGAGAAACAUCUAUCACAUGUGAAGAUGCAUGAGUCAGAAAAGUCUUUGGUGAGUUUUAUCACAAACCAAACAGUCAAACCAGUUGGGAAAGUUCAUGUAGAGGUCACACAUGGAAAGUACCAGGGUAAACUGAGUUUGUAUGUGGUAGAACAUACAGAGUAUUUGCUAUUUGGGAGAGAUUGGUUAUCAAUAGUACCACUGAAUUGGAAGUCUCUGAUAUCCAGGGUAAGCAGUAAUCAUGAUCAUAGUCAGGUUCAUCAUGUUGGUGAGCUGGAUAGAGUCCUGAAUAAGCAUAAUAGAUUGUUUGAAGAUAGACUAGGUAAGCUCACAAAAGCAAGAGCGCACAUUUCAGUAAAAGAUGAUGCUAAACCAGUAACUACAAGGCCAUAUAAGGUACCUUUUGCAGUGAGAGAUAAGGUAGAAGAAGAAUUGGAAAGAUUACAGAAGUGUGGGGUUUUGACUGCUAUUGAUCAUAGUGAAUGGAGUACUGGAAUCGUAGCAGUUCCAAAGAAGGAUGGGUCUGUCCGCAUAUGUGGAAAUUACAAAACUACAGUGAAUCCAGUUUUGGAUCCAGUUCAGCCCCCCAAUAUCAAUGUAGAGAACAUAUUGGCAAAUCUAGGUGGAGGUGUGUUAUUUUCUACCGUAGAUCUAGCACAUGCUUACAACCAGUUAGAGUUGGAUGAAGAGUCUAAGAAGUUCCUAGUAAUAUCUACACAUAAGGGGUUAUUUCAACAGAAUCGCCUGGUAUUUGGUAUUACUAGUGCACCAGCUAUUUGGCAGAGUGCUAUUGAACAGGUACUACAGGGGAUACCUGGGGUACAAGUAUACUUAGAUGACAUAUUGGUAACUGGGCGUACUGUUGAAGAGCAUCAUGCCAAUUUGGAUAAGGUUCUCACACGCCUUGAAGAGCGUAACCUUACAUUGAGGAAAAUGAAAUGUAAGUUUGCUCAGCCAUCAGUAGAGUUCUUAGGACAUGUCAUAGAUGCAAACGGAGUACAUACUGUAGAAGAGAAAGUACAGAAAAUAGAGAAUCUUCCUAGACCAGAAGAUGUGUCACAGUUAAGGUCCUAUUUAGGGUUACUUAAUUACUACCGAAAGUAUGUGCCUAAUCUAGCUCAUGAGAUAGCACCGUUAACGGAUUUGUUGAAAUCUGAUCGUAAGUUUGAAUGGCAUGAGGAAGCCGAGAAAGCUUUCAUUAGGUCAAAGAGAUUGAUGCGAGAAGCAGGUUUUCUGGUACAUUAUGAUCCGGAAUUGCCCAUUUCGAUUGCGUCCGACACAAGUCCAAUAGGUAUCGGCGCAGUUUUGUCUCACAUAUUACCAAAUGGUGAGGAGAGGCCAAUACAAUUUGCUUCUAGAUCACUUACAAAGACGGAAAGGAAAUAUCCGCAAAUUGAGAGAGAGGCUUUGGCAAUUGUAUUCGCGUUACGUAAAUUCUACAUGUUUGUGUAUGGAAGUAAAUUUACGCUUAUCACGGAUAAUAAGCCGCUUACAGCAUUGCUAGGCCCAUACAAAAGCCUACCAGCUUUAGCCGCUGAACGAAUGCAAAGGUGGGCAAUGUAUCUUGCAGGAUUUGACUAUACGAUCAAGUAUCGCACUUCAAGCGCAAAUGCGAAUGCGGAUUGUCUUUCAAGACUACCCGACAAAGAUGCGAAACCGGAAGGUCGUGAACCAGAGAUUGUCUCGGUCCGUCAUGUGGAUAUACUACCCACAUCGCACGAAGCAUUGCGUAACACAACCCGAAAAGAUCCAGUGUUGUCAAAGGUCAUCAGAUAUACAUUGGAUGGAUGGCCAAAACAGUUGUCCGUAGAAGAAAGGGAGCUGCAACCCUUCUUCAGGCGCAGACUUGAAAUUACCCUAGAACAAGGCAUACUGAUGUGGGGAACGCGUAUCAUUAUUCCUGUCAAGAGUCACCGCGCAAUCAUGGAAGAAUUACACAGUGGACAUCUUGGAGUUGUUAAGAUGAAAUCGCUUGCACGUAGUUACGUAUGGUGGCCGCAGAUCGAUGUACACAUUGAAGAAUGCACAAAACAAUGUAAUACAUGUCAGGUCGUACAAAACCAACCACCACAAACGUUACUACACCCAUGGAUUCCAGCGUCCAAGCCGAUGGAAAGAAUCCAUAUUGAUUUCGCAGGACCAUUUGAAGGUCGUACAUACCUGGUCCUAGUGGAUGCGUAUUCAAAAUGGCCCGAGGUAUUUAUCAUGCCGAGUACUACUUCGGAGCGCACUAUUCAUGUGCUCAGACGCGUAUUUUCGAGAUACGGAUUACCGCAAAUCAUGGUAACUGAUAACGGAAGUCAGUUCACCUCAUCGGAAUUCAAAGAGUUUGUAGACAAGAAUGGUAUUGUACACAAGCGAAGUGCACCAUAUCAUCCUAGCACGAAUGGUCAAGCAGAGCGCUUCGUACAGACAUUGAAACAAGCACAACGCGCUGCAAGAUCCGAUGGAGGAUCACCACAAGCCCAACUUGACAGAUUUUUGCUGGCUUAUCGGAAUGCUAGACAUGCAGUCACGGGUGAAGCACCGGCUGUUCUCUUUAUGAAGAGACAACUUCGUAUACGGUUGGAUAAUUUACGUCCAAAUGUAGAGCGUAGAUAUGCAGACCGAUUGCAUCAGCAAGCACAGUACAGAGAUAAACAUAGUUCAGUAGACAAACUACGCAAGUUUGCAGUAGGAGACUCAGUACUUGUUAGGGACUAUGUAGGAAAACAUAAGUGGGUACCAGGUGUCAUUGUAGAUAGAGAGGGUCCACUAAUGUAUAAGGUACAAGUUCAAUCAGGUAUUUGGAGGAGACAUGUAGAUCAGUUACUUCCAAGACUAGAGAACGAGGUUGAGUUAGAUCAGAAUGAGUCAAGACAAGAUUUUGGUUCAGACAAACCAGUACAAAGUAGGUCAGUUCCUGAAUCAAGUCCAAGUAGGUUAGGAGAAAUAACUAGUUCUCAAGAUUGUCACAUUGAAACGGUCCAGGGUGAUUCAGUUUCGCAAGACUUACCUGUUGUAUCAGAGGAUGUUGUAGUAGAUAGGGAAAAACCUCAAGAACUUAGGAGAUCCCAGAGGAAGAGAAAAGCUCCAGAUAGGCUUAAUCUCUAA